AUGCCUCAACCGAAGAAAAUAGUCGUGUUUGGCAGUAUCGUUCAUGAUUUAGUCAGUUACACAGAAGAAUUUCCACGACCUGGUGAAAGUGUACGAGGAAAUGCUUUCAAAAUGAACCAUGGUGGCAAAGGUGCCAACACAGCCGUUGCAGCUGCGAGACUGGGUGGUGAAGUAGAAUUUAUUGGGAAGGUAGGAGACGACAUAUUUGGAGAGAGCAACAGACGUGCUCUACAAGAAGCUGGUGUCGACACAACCCAUCUCGAAACGUCAAAAACAGGCCAGACAGCUACAGCAACUCUUAUUGUUAAUGCUCAUGGCGAAAAUUGUAUCGUCGUGACAUUGGGGGCCAACUUGGAAAUUGAUGACGACACUGCUGAAAAACACGAGGAAGCACUCAAAAAUGCCGCCAUUGUGUCAAUCCAAGGAGAAGUUACACAGAGGGGAAACAAAAGAAUUUUCGAACUUGCCAAGGACCACGGAGUGAAAACAUUUUUCAAUCCUGCUCCUGGAGAUCCAAACCUGGACAGGUCAAUUUUACCUCUUACGGAUAUCGUUUGUACAAAUGAGAAUGAAGCAGAAUUCUUGACGGGUAUCAAACAAAAUAGUAUGGAUGACGCUAGAAGAGCAGCUGCCCAAAUGCUUACUAUGGGACCGGAACACGCAAUCAUCACCUUGGGACCACGAGGAUGUAUUCUAGCUUCAAAAGGUGGGGAGAUUGAGCACAUUCCAUCAAAAAAGGUGAAAGCCGUCGAUACAACGGGAGCUGGUGACUGCUUCUGCGGCUCAUUCAUCUACUUUUUGAUAAAUACAGAUUGUUCCAUACGUGAUGCUGUAGAAAAAGCUGCUAAUAUCGCUUCCUUAUCAGUUCAGCGAAAAGGAACUCAGGAUUCGUACUGGACUCGUGAGGAAAUUGAAGUAGAACAUCCUGAAUUUUUAGAAUGAUUUUUUUGAGAUUGUGAUUUUAUCUUGCUACUUCCUCGUUCUUUCAACUCACUUG